UCUUUCACCAUGCAGCAGUGCUCUGACAAUCACGAAAAUAAAAGCCACGAUUUGGUUCACUUUGCUUAACCACGAAAAAUAUAGCGAUAUCAUACCCACCCACACGUACAUUAUUAAGUAUUUAUUAUUUCCGUAGGACGGCACUGUAGUUCUGGGUAUUAACAGACGAGAGUUGUUCAGUCCUGAUUUCGAUUCAACUGCUACGUCAAACAGUUUGUCACCAGAUCAUCUCCUUGAUGAGGACAGAUUGGAUGAUGAUGAGGAAUUUGAUCGAAAAAAUGGAAAGAAACAUGCUCACACUCACGUGAGGUCAGAACCCGAUGAAGUCUCUCAGUUUCUCGAUUUACCCGAGAGACGUGCCGCGUCAGCAACUGACGGGAUCAGAAGUGCCACACCCCCUGAUAUUGCUAAACCAAAGACCCAGACUCAAUCCGGAAUGAAUUUCUUGUCUCGUACUAGAAGUGACGAGCCGGCGAGGGGAGAUAUGGGCGUGUCUGGGGGCGGAGUCACCUAUCAUAAUCUACGACAUGUUGAAUCGACUUCUGAAGAAACUUUAGUUGGCAGUUCUAGUCACCAGGACCUUCACUUCUCAAGUAAUCAACCCAGUCCUAAGCAGCAGGUCUCUCCUCUAAUGAAAGUAAAACCUCCUCAUCAACAAAGAGACGUCUCGUCUUCUCUUAAAACUCAACUGAGUACCAGCAGCAAGGCCAGCUCUGUCGCAACCAGCGUUGGGAUGGGUGGGGAAAGAGGUGUGGCUACUAUAUUCAGCCCCUCCCAGUCUCAGGACAGCUUCGUUGAGAGCGGUCUCAGCCCUGAUACUAGUGACACUGGUGAUCACUCCGCUGAAUCAGUUGAAACUGAACCGAGAGAAGUGGAUAUUAAGAAAGGAACAGCUCAUCUUG